AUCAAGCUAUGCCUCAUGUCAAAGGGCUUGAAAUAUUGAAUGAUUGUGAUGAAAAUCAGAAACUUGUACACAAAUUACCAGAUUGGGCAGCAGCACGGUGGAACCGUCAGGUCACGCAGACACUUAUUGAGACUCAUGACUUUCCAAAGUUUAUAGAUUUUGUGACCUUCAUGUCAAUGGAAGCAGAGGUUACUUGCAAUCCAGUCACCUCCUUCAGUGCUCUUCGUGCCUCUGACCCCACUUCAGAAAAACAAAACCUUAAGGACAGUAAAAGGAACAGGGCUAAUGUCUUUCACACUCAAACGGCUACAGAAAAUAAACAAAAUGAUAAAAACGAACAAAAGCCCACUAAAGGAAAUUAUAAUAUAUGUCUCUUCUGCAAAGACAGCAAGCAUAAGAUUCACAGCUGUUUUAAAUUUGUGGCAAAGCCAUUAGAAGAGAAACGGAAAUAUGUGAAGGAGAACAAGCUCUGCUAUGGUUGCAUGAGACCAGGCCACAGUGCAAAAGACUGCCGUCACCGUCUAUCCUGUGACACCUGUAGAGGUAGACAUCCAACGUGUCUACAUGAUGAAAACUACACAAAGAAAGUCAACUAUGCAACACCCUCAAACCAAGGUGGCACAGAGAUGGCUACUAGUACAUCUCACAAAGUAGAGAAUGAUGAGCCAUCCACCAAUACUUCAAUGAUAGUGCCAGUGUGGGUAUCAACCGAGAGGAAUCCAGCCUUUGAAAAACUUGUUUAUGCUCUGCUUGACACCCAGAGUGAUACUGUGUUUGUCGACCGCGAUCUAAGCAACAAGCUACAAGCUGACUCCUGUCCUGUGAGACUGAAGUUGACAACCAUGACUGCAAAGGAUGUUGUUAUGCCGAGUGAAAAGGUGUCCGGUCUCAAAGUAAGAGGCUUCAGCUCCCCUGUUGUCCUCAACCUUCCUCCUGCCUACACUAAGGACUCCAUUCCAGUGAACCGUACUCACAUCCCUACUUGUGACACAGCACGACACUGGAAGCAUCUCUCUACAAUAGCUGACAAAAUUCCACCACUGCAGGAUUGUGAGGUUGGUCUUCUGAUAGGCUACAGCUGUCCAAAGGCUUUAGCACCAAAACAGGUGAUUUUAGGAGGAGACGAUGAGCCUUAUGCAGUCCAUACAGACCUAGGAUGGAGUAUUGUUGGUCGUCUGUCUUCACACCAUGAAUCACAAAACUUCAACACCAUCUGUCAUAGAGUCAGCAUUAAAGAGCUUCCCCCAGUGACUCCAGCAGAUGUGAUUAAGGUUUUGGAGUCUGACUUCAAAGAUGCUGGUGAAGAUAAUAAAACUGUGUCGCAGGAUGACAUCCUCUUCUUGAACAAACUGCAGCAAGGCAUAAGGAAGAACGAUCACGGGCAUUACGAGAUGCCUCUCCCAUUCAAAGAGAGACCUCACUUGCUUAACAAUAAGCAGCUUGCCAUUGUAAGGCUCAAUCAUCUUAAAAGGAAAUUGUUGAAAGAUGAAAGGUACAAGGAACACUAUGUUAGGUUUAUGGAAGAGGUCAUUGAGAGAGGUGAUGCGGAAGAAGUGCAUGAUGAAGGAAAGGUUGGAGAGAAGUGGUACAUCCCUCAUCAUGGGGUCUAUCACCCUAAAAAGCCAGACAAGCUCCGUGUUGUCUUUGACUGCUCCGCCAAGUACCAGGGAACCAGCCUCAAUAACCAUUUGCUCCAAGGCCCAGAUUUAAUGAAUAAGCUGACUGGUGUUCUUGUAAGAUUCAGAAAGCAUCCCAUUGCCUUUAUGUGCGAUGUUGAAAAGAUGUUUCACCAAUUUCAUGUGCAAGGAGCAGAUCGAAACUACCUCCGUUUUCUCUGGUGGAAAAACGGAGACUUAACUCUACAACCACAAGAAUACCGCAUGAAGGUCCAUCUUUUUGGUGCUACCUCAUCUCCUGGAUGCGCCAACUAUGGUCUGAAACAUCUCGCCAAGGAGAAUGAGUGUACGUAUCCUCUUGGCUCAAAAUUCAUCACAACAGACUUUUAUGUAGAUGACGGUGUCACCAGUGUAGCCAGCGCAGAAGAAGCUGUCCAGGUAGCAAGAGAAGCUCGACAACUGUGUGCCUCAGGUGGUCUUAGACUGCACAAAUUUAUUUCAAAUGACAAAGUUGUCCUGGAUAGCAUUCCAAUUUCUGAACGAGCCAUUGAAGUAAAGGCCUUUGACCUCAACUUUGAUGACACCCCGUUAGAGAGAGCUUUAGGUAUCCACUGGCACAUUGAUUCUGACAGAUUCAGAUUCUCUGUUGACCUCAAAGACCAGCCAGCUACACGCCGUGGCAUACUAUCCACAGUUGCAUCACUGUAUGAUCCGCUGGGCUUUAUUGCUCCUUUUGUGCUCAGUGAAAAAUUAGUGCUUCAGGAAAUGUGCAGAAACGGAACAGGCUGGGAUGACCCUCUUCCUAAAGAAUUGCAGCCAAGGUGGGAGCAUUGGAAAGCUGAUCUUAUGAACUUGGAAAAGAUCAAUAUACCCCGCUGUUAUAUACCUGCAAACUUUGGAAAGGUCAUAAAAAGAGAACUUCAUCACUUCUCUGAUGCGAGCAACAGCGGAUAUGGCCAGUGUUCCUAUUUAAGAGUCACAAACGAAGAAGGUAACAUCCAUUGUGCCCUGGUCAUAGGUAAAUCCAGAGUUGCUCCCAUUAAGGUCCAGACUAUUCCCAGGCUCGAAUUGACUGCUGCUGUCAUCUCAGUUGCCAUGAGCAAUAUGCUUAAACAGGAGCUGGAAUAUGCAGACAUAGAAGAACACUUCUGGACCGACUCUCAAGUAGUUUUGGGGUACAUUAACAACGAAGCACGCCGCUUUCACACGUUUGUGGCAAACAGAGUGCAGAAGAUACAUCUCAGCUCUACUCCUCAACAGUGGAGAUAUGUUCAUACUAAUGAAAACCCUGCUGACUAUGCAUCAAGGGGUUUAAAUGCUGGUGAGAUUCUUACAUCCAGUUGGUUGACAGGGCCAAGAUUCUUAUGGAAGAAGGAUAUGCCUCCUGUUGCAGAUAUUGACACAGCACUAAUGACUGGAGAUCCUGAAGUGAGACAGGCUCAGACACUGAGUGCAGAAACAACAGAAGUCACCCUCUCAGACCGCUUAUCAAAGCUGUCUUCAUGGUCUGGAGCUGUACAAGCUGUGGCUCGCCUUGUUCGCCGAGCCAAAGGGGAUAAGUCCAUCGGUCACAGUACGGUAGCUGAACGAGAAAAUGCUAAACGCAUCAUCAUUAAAGACCUCCAAAGAAACACCUAUACAGGGGAUAUAAAGUUAUUGAGCAAGGGGGCCCAGCUGUCACCUAGCAGCAAGCUGUAUCAUCUUGAUGCCUUUGUAGAUCAAGAAGGAAUACUCAAGGUGGGAGGAAGGCUUUGCGAUGCACCCCUACCUAGCUCAGUCAAACACCCAGUGAUCAUUCCUAAAGAUCACCAUAUAACAAAGAUGAUCAUUUCUCAAUGCCAUGAGAAUGUCAAGCACCAAGGUAAGGGCCUUACAAUUAAUGAGAUCAGAUCACAAGGCUACUGGAUUUCAGGAAUGGGCAGAGCAGUAGCAUCCCAUGUGCAUCACUGUGUGACAUGUCGGAAGCUCAGGAGACCCACCGAAGAACAAAGAAUGGCCGACCUCCCUUCGGAGCGUACAAAUCCAUCUUCACCCUUCACAUACUGUGGUAUGGACUGCUUUGGUCCCUUUGUCACUAAACAGGGUCGAAAGGAACAUAAAAGGUACGGCCUCCUCUUCACAUGUUUCAGCUCCAGAGCUAUUCAUAUUGAAAUGCUAAAUGACAUGUCUACAGAUGCCUUCAUCAAUGGCCUGCGCUGUUUCGUUGCAUUACGGGGAGCAGUGCGCCAAAUCAAAUGUGACCAAGGCACCAACUUUGUAGGAGCCAAGAAUGAGCUGAAAAAUGCCCUCAAGGAGAUUGAUGCAGAUCGUCUGACAGUAUUCUUAGCUGAGAAGCAGUGCGACUUUGUCCUAAAUGCGCCCCAUUCUAGUCAUGCAGGUGGGGUAUGGGAGAGACAAAUCAGAACAGUGAGAAAUGUUCUUCGCUCAACUCUCUCACUCUCUUCUGACAGACUGGACGAUGCAUCACUUCGGACAUUCUUUUACGAAGCUAUGGCGAUCGUAAACAGUAGACCACUAACAGUUGACAACCUAAACGACCCCAACAGCCUUGCACCUCUCACCCCUAAUAACCUGCUUAUUAUGAAGUCCGUUCCAGCAUUACCACCACCAGGCAGAUUCAUCAGAGAAGACAUCUAUGCAAGAAAAAGGUGGCGUCAUGUUCAGUACCUCGCAGAGCAGUUUUGGAGUCGCUGGCGUAGGGAGUAUCUUUCCAACAUUGCCACCAGGCAGUGCUGGCACAGAGCAAAGAGAAACCUGCGAGUAGGAGAUAUUGUCAUGGAAAAGGCUGAUGGUCUGCCUAGAAAUGAGUGGCGGCUGGCCAGAGUUACAGAGACUACUACAGAUAAAGAUGGGCUUGUGAGAAGAGUCAAGGUAUGUCUUGGUGACCGGAAUCUGGAGAAGGAUGGUCGUCGUCUCAACAAGCUGUCUGUCAUUGAACGCCCAGUCCAGAAGCUGAUCCUGUUGCUAGAGACCGUCUAGCUGCUUCCAAUAGCAACCAAGUGUAUCCUUUUCAUUAUAUUACUUAAAUUCUAGCAUUUAAUCUCCUUAGUAUGGGCACUCUUCAUCCGUCUUUGAGUUAAAGGUCAUUUUUUAUUUAAAAAUCAUUUGUAAUUUAUAUUUCUUGAUGUCAUACAACUCACUCAUGAUUUGUUGGGAGUGUAAAUGACCAUUAAAUCCCCAAUCACUGAAGUAGGCCGUCAUCUUGACCUCCAACAUUAGAGGGCAGUGUUGCCAUAGAAUUCCUGAGAUUUCACAAGAAAGGACUUUAUUAUUGAACUUGUGCCAAAUGUUACUUUGUUUUGGUUUACUAAUAAUUCUCGCUGCAUACUUAAUGUGGACAUUUGUAUUCUUAUUUGUUUUAUUAAGUGUUACAUUUUUACCUCACAUGCUUUUAUUUUGAAGUCUGGAAAAGGAAGUGCAGCGGCACCCUGUGUGUAUUUUUGCGCACUUUUUAGGUGAAGCAUCAUUCU